UCAGCUAUCCAACUUUCUUCACAUGCCUCUUACCUUCUCGUCUACCUCUCUAUAUCUCUCUAUUUAUGGAAGUUGUAAUGUAAUUAAUUAUUCCAUAGUUGGGUAUCCUACCUACCAUUUGUUGUCUACAUCUCUAUAUAUAGAAUAGAAGUUGCAGUUGUUUGCAUAUUCAACACUAACACAGAAUCAAUUAUGGUUAUGGAGAGCUCAAAUGAUGAUGUUCUUCACAUAGUUAUGUUCCCUUUUUUUGCUUUUGGUCAUAUUAGUCCAUUUGUUCAGCUGGCUAACAAGCUCUCCUCUCAUGGUGUCCAUGUUUCUUUUUUCACUGCAUGUGGCAAUGCGAGCAGAGUCGAAUCUAUGCUGAAUUCUACUGCCAGUACUACUCAUAUUGUCCCUCUCACUCUUCCUCAAGUUGAAGGUCUACCACCUGGUGCUGAAAGUACUGCUGAAUUGACACCACUAACUGCUGAACUUCUCAAAGUUGCUUUAGAUUUAAUGCAACCACAAAUCAGGACUCUACUUUCCCAUCUCAAACCCCAUUUUGUUCUCUUUGAUUUUGCUCAGGAAUGGCUCCCUAAAAUGGCUGAUGAGUUAGGGAUCAAGACUGUUUUUUAUUCUGUUUUUGUUGCACUUUCCACUGCUUUUCUUACUUGUCCUGCUAGAGUUCCUCAACCUAAAAACUAUCCAACUCUUGAAGACAUGAAGAAACCUCCACCUGGAUUUCCUCACACCUCCAUUACCUCCGUCAAAACGUUUGAGGGUCGAGAUUUUCUAUAUAUUUUCAAAAGUUUCCAUGGUGGUCCUACUGUAUAUGACCGCGUACUCUCGGGACUCAAGGGAUGCUCAGCUAUACUAGCCAAGACUUGCUCUCAGAUGGAGGGACCUUAUAUAGAAUAUGUGAAAUCACAGUUCAAUAAACCUGUUUUUCUAGUGGGACCUGUAGUUCCUGAUCCACCUUCAGGAGAACUGGAAGAGAGAUGGGCUACUUGGUUAAACAAGUUUGAAGCUGGAACAGUUAUUUACUGUUCUUUCGGUAGUGAAACUUUCUUGAAUGAUGAUCAAAUCAAAGAACUGGCUUUGGGUUUGGAACAAAUUGCAUUUCCUUUCUUUCUGGUCUUAAAUUUUCCUGCCAAUGUCGAUGUCGCAGCCGAUCUAAACAGGACUCUACCAGAAGGGUUUAUGGAGAGAGUGAAAGACAAGGGAAUCAUUCAUUCUGGUUGGGUGCACCAACAGCACAUUCUUGCUCAUUCUAGUGUAGGCUGCUAUGUAUGUCAUGCAGGGUUUAGUUCAGUGAUAGAGGCACUGGUGAAUGACUGUCAAGUUGUUAUGUUGCCCCAGAAAGGUGACCAGUUCUUGAACGCAAAGCUGGUGAGCGGGGAUAUGAAAGCUGGGGUGGAGGUUAAUAGGAGGGAUGAAGAUGGCUAUUUUGGUAAACACGAUAUUAAGGAAGCCGUGGAGAUGGUGAUGGUGGAGGUUGACAAACAGCCAGGUAAAUUAAUUAGGGCAAAUCAGAAGAAAUGGAAGCAGUUUCUGUUGAACAAGGAUAUCCAAUGCAAGUUUAUUGAGGAUUUAGUUAAUGAAAUGACGGCCAUGGCUAAGGUCUCAAGUAAUUAAGAUAUGUCGAUGGUCUGGACUCCGGGCCUGCCGUGGGCCGAAAAUCGAUCGGGGCGUGCCAGAUAGGUUAGGGAUCGUGCCAGUGUGGUCCGUUUAAUUUUUUGUGGCCAUUUGGAUGGAUAAAUGAGCGAAACGGCGCGAACGGAGCAUUUUCGGGCGCCUGCGAUUUUGGGAUGAACCUGGGGUCCGGACAUGCUGUGGACCGAAAAUUGACCGGAUCUUACCUUCCAGUAGUAGUAUAGUUGUCAUUAUUACAAUCAAUGAAGCAUUUCCUAAUGUACCUGAUUUUUGUAUUGUCAUCAUGUCAAGUUCUGACAAUCAGACCACUCGAAAUAAGACUACAUUUUCCUUA